AUGGUCGACUUCGUGUCAUUAACCUCGCGCGAAGCAGCGUCCGGGCUGCUUGGCUCGAUCUCGCUCACCUGCUGGAUCUUCCUCCUGGUCCCUCAACUCAUCGAAAAUUACCGCAACGGCAACGCCGAAGCGAUCUCCCUCCUCUUCCUCUUCGUCUGGUUCGUCGGUGACAUCACCAACCUGAUCGGCGGCGCCUGGGCUGGCCUGGUCCCCGUCAUUGUCGCCAUUGCCGUCUACUUCUGUAUCGCAGAUGGUGUCCUCAUCAGCCAAUGUCUGUACUAUAAAGCCCGCAACUCGCGCCGAGCCGCGGCGCGCCAUCGCCGUAGACGCUCAUCCGUCGAAACCCCCGACACGAUCACACCCUUGCUGGGUCGGCGGUUUAGCGACGCAGUUGAGCACCAUCGUCCGGCUGCGCGCCGGGCGGAGGGCUAUGUCCAGGGCGAUGGCCACCACAGUGGUUAUGGGAAUGUCUCCACCGGGCCGGAAGAUACGCUCGCGAAGAUCGUGGAGGAGAAUGACGUCGGUCGCAAGGCGUGGGUGAAGAACUUCAGCAGCGUGCUGGCUAUUUGUGUUAUUGGGAUGGCCGGUUGGACUAUUGCUUGGCAGACGGGCGUGUGGAAGCCGGCUCCCAAGGAGGUCAAUGGCGGAGUAGAUAUGGCACCGGGCGCAAUGGUGCUGGGAUAUAUCAGCGCGCUCUGCUAUCUGGGCGCGCGCUUACCGCAGAUUUAUAAGAACUACAGCGAAAAGUCGUGCGAGGGACUCUCGCUUCUCUUUUUCAUCCUUUCUCUCAUGGGAAACCUGACAUAUGGCGCCGGGAUUCUGUGCCACUCGACGGAAAGGAACUAUAUAAUCACCAACGUCCCAUGGCUGAUUGGCUCCUUGGGCACCAUGAUCGAGGAUGUGACGAUAUUCAUCCAAUUCCGGCUCUAUGCUGUUCAAAGCUCGGAGAGUACAGUAUAA